CGUCCGCCAGUUACCGUCAUAUUUCCGGGACGUCCAUGUUAGUGGAUAAAGAACUGUAAACAGGAUUUUUACGCAGACUUUCAUCGACCGUGUAUUCUUCAAGUGUAAAGGGACACACUUGAACUGUCCAAAAUGUCAGGACCAAAUGCAUUAAAUUCCAAGCAGCCGCCGAUUCAGUCGACGGCAGGAGCUGUGCCGAUCCGCAAUGAAAAAGGUGAGCUUUCUAUGGAGAAGGUGAAGGUGAAGCGAUAUGUGUCAGGUAAGCGUCCAGAUUAUGCCCCAAUGGAGUCCUCCGAUGAAGAAGAGGAGGAUUUCCAGUUUGUUAAGAAAGGCAAAGAGGCUGAGGCAGAAAUGGAAGUUGAAGAGGAGGAAAAAUCUGAUCCUCGUCUUCGACGUCUCUUGAAUCGAGUCUCCGAAGAUGUUGAAGAAAGGCUUGCUAGACACAGGCAGAUAGCAGAGCCAGAGCUGAUUGUUCAAAGCAGCGAGGACUCGGAUGAAGGAACCUGGCACCCUGAGCGAGAGGAGAGCAGCGAAGAUGAAGAGGAGGAGGAAGUUGAUGAUGAAGAAAUUGAGAGGAGGAGAGCAAUGAUGCGUCAACGUGCACAAGAGAAGAAGAACGAGGAAAUGGAGAUCAUGGAGGUGGAGGAGGAGGGGAAGUCCGGUGAGGAGUCUGAAUCAGAGUCAGAGUAUGAGGAAUACACAGACAGUGAGGAUGAAGCUGAGCCUCGGUUGAAACCGGUGUUCAUUCGCAAGAAGGACAGGGUGACCGUCGCAGAACGAGAAGCAGAGGAGCAGAAACAGAAAGAACUGGAAGUCGAAGCCAAAAAACAAGUUGAAGAGAGACGCCGCUACACGCUGAAGAUUGUAGAGGAAGAGGCCAAGAAAGAGUUUGAGGAGAACAAACGUACGCUGGCUGCUCUUGAUGCUCUGGACACAGAUGGAGAAAAUGAAGAGGAGGAAUAUGAGGCCUGGAAAGUGAGAGAACUGAAGCGUAUUAAGAGGGACAGAGAAUGCAGAGAAGCAAUGGAGAAAGAGAAAGCAGAAAUCGAGAGGUUUCACAGUCUUACCGAGGAAGAGCGCAGAGCAGAACUGCGCACAAAUGGAAAAGUUGUCACCAACAAAGCAUCAAAGGGCAAAUACAAGUUUCUGCAGAAGUAUUAUCACAGAGGAGCUUUCUUCAUGGAUGAAGAGCAAGACGUCUUCAGGAGAGACUUUAGUGCUCCAACUCUUGAGGACCAUUUCAACAAAACAAUCUUACCCAAAGUCAUGCAGGUCAAAAACUUUGGACGUUCUGGACGCACCAAAUACACACAUCUGGUGGAUCAGGACACCACUUCAUUUGAUUCUGCCUGGGCUCAGGAGAGCGCUCAGAACAGCAAGUUCUUCAAACAGAAGGCAGGGGGCGUGAGGGACGUGUUCGAUCGGCCGACAGUGCAUAAGAGGAAGACAUAAUCCUGUUAUUUAUGCUAGAAGAGCAAAUUCAGCUCAAACAAGGACACUUUUAAACUCCCCACCCACAUCACCCUUAUUUUACAUGCGAGUGUUGGAGAAACCUCAUAAAUCCAUUAAAUCUUUAUUGCAUUUAGAUUGUGUACAUCUAGAUGUUUCAUGUGUACAGAAUGCGGACUCUUUAGUUUCUUUGUUUCUAGUGGGAAAAAAAAUGUACUUUGUUUUAUGGUAAUAAAUUACUAUGACACUGA